CUAUUUUAAUAUUUGAAACAGUUUAUCUUCAAUUUUGAAACAUUUAACUUUGACCAGAUAAAACUGUUUUCUGCUUAAGAAAAAUGUAAAUAAAUAAAAGAAAGACCGGUGAGCUUAUAAAUGCGGUCAAAAUACAUUAUCUUGUAGUUGAAAAUCUAGGAAAAAAUUACAGCGUGAUUUAUCAUCAUUUCUCAAUGAUAAAGUUAAUGGUGAUAAUUCAAGCGACAUUUGAAUAAAUUUUUUAAGGGAUAUUACUAAUCAUCAAUAUCCCUAGUCCGCACAAUCGUUGAAAACAAUUGUUUGCUGUAAUCAAUCAAUAUAAAAAUGAACUGCACAUUAAACUUAAUAAGAAUUAAAAAAUUUAGAAAUUUAAUAAGUAUAUUUUCAAAAUCUAUAUCGGUAUCUGCUAUAAAUUGUAAUAGCUUGAUACCCGUGGAUCUCUCUUAUACACUACACAAACCUGAUGCUAAACCUGUUUCACCUGUACCUUUGAUAAUUUUGCAUGGAUUUCUGGGAUCUAAAUUAAACUGGAGAAGUCUUGGCAAAGCAAUAUCAAGAAAAACAGAAAGAUUUGUUUACACUUUAGAUGCCAGAAACCAUGGUGACAGUCCUCACACUGAUGACUUCAGUAUAAGUUUGUCAUCUGCUGAUCUGAAGCACUUUAUGAAUAAACAAAAUAUUCCUGAAGCUAUUCUGAUAGGUCACAGUCUUGGAGGAAGAACAGCCAUUCAUUUCACCAUUGAAAAUCAAGAUAAAGUAAGAAAGCUUGUUGUAGUAGAUAUAUCUCCAAACACUUUGCCUGUUACAUCAACUUUAUCAGUUACAUAUUUACGUCUUAUGAAGGAAGCAAUCGCUCAGGUUGAAAACUUAACUCUUAAUCAAGCCAGAAAUGCCAUUGAUAAAUACAUGUCACAAGGGGUGCCAGAAACUCCAAUUCGACAAUUUCUUUUGACCAAUUUAACAGAGAAAAAUAAUAAAAUUGUAUGGAAACCAAACAUUGAUGCUUUAGCAAAAAAUUAUGAAACUGGAGUUUUGGAAAUGCCACUUCUUGAGGGUCAUUUUAUGGGAGAUACUAUCUUUAUCUGUGGAGAAACAUCACCAUUUGUCAAAGUUGAAGAUGAACUUAAAAUUAAGGCUCUGUUUCCAAAAGCCGACAUUAUCCGCAUUCAAGGAGCUGGCCAUUGGGUUCACAGUGACAAACCUACUGAAUUUAUACAAUGCCUCUGUGACUUUAUAGGCUGAUUUGUAUAUUGUUUGAUAAGAGUAUAUACAUUACAAGUUCUAUUUAUAUAAGUGUUAUUUAUCACGAAUUAAAACGAGAAAAAAGUAUUCAUUAUUUUAUUAGAAAUUGUUGAGAAUGUAAUUUAUGAUAUAAAAAUGUUUUUAUUAAA